AUGAUUUCAUGGCUAGCGUUUUUUAUAUUAGUGGUCACAAUACCAGUUUGGUGUGACAGUCAAAAGGAAUCUUUCAGAUUGAACAUGCCACUCUGGGAUGCGAGUGAUCUUUACUCACGCUUAUCCAACGCCUUUGGCGCUGCAAGUACUACACAAUCACCGCAGGCGACCGUAGCUGCUCCUUGGGAUGCUUUUUACAACGCCCUUAUACAGGAAGCUUACAAGAAAAAGCAAGGAAUGUAUUCUGCCAGCGAUCUGAUACCUGUUGAACCUUUGCCUGUGCCUGUACCUGUACCAAUGCCCCUCCCUCGUCCUCCUCGCCCACUGCGGCCUCUAAGGCCGCUAAUUCCAAAUAGGCCAAGACCCAGGCCAACCAGAAAACCCACUAGAAGAAGCACCACAACCAGACGGCCAACUAGAACUACCAGAAAAACCACAACCACUCAGAAAGCUACAACAUCGACAACGAGUACUUCAAGCACUAGUGCGGUAAGCAGUUCAACAGUCGCACCUGCAACCAAUUCAACGACAGAACAACCAUCAACAACAGAAGUUUCUUCUACGACUGGAGGAUCUUCUACCACAGGAGGAUCUUCUACGACUGGAGGAUCCUCUACGACUGGAGGAUCUUCUACUACUGGAGGAUCUUCUACGACUGGAGGAUCUUCUACGACUGGAGGAUCUUCUACUACUGGAGGAUCUUCUACUACUGGAGGAUCUUCUACUACUGGAGGAUCUUCUACUACAGGCGGUUCUUCGACAACGGGAGGAUCUUCUUCUUCAUCUUACCGAAUCAGAGCAAAAAAACUAAAAAAAACUACCACAGCCAAUCCGCUCUAUUCGUAUCAUAGUCAACUCCAGAGUAGUCCUGCUUCAACUCCGACGGUCCUUAGUUUAGAGGGUCAGCACACAACCACUGGCGACCUCCGCCCUGAGUUGCAACUAACAGUGCAAUCAGCGCCUCAGUCUAUGACGACGCUGUGCCACAACUAUCCACGACUUUGUGCUAAGCCCGAGGAGGCGCAGUAUGUACGGCUAACCGAUGGAUUUGGCAAGCCCAUGCUUCUCAUAACACCUGGAGGUGUGGCAAAACCUCCACUUCUCACGACAACCAUAUCACGUCCUUUUAACCUGGAGCCAAGACCCUCUGGUUUGCGGCCAUCCCGACGAAAAAAACCAUCCAGGAGUAAAUAUAUUUACCGUUUGAUCAAAAAAAGGAAUAAUCAAUAA